CGGCGGCGCGGUCGGCGGGGGCCGGCGCACAGAGCCAGACGCCGCCGCUUGUUUUGGUUGGGGCUCUCGGCAACUCUCCGAGGAGGAGGAGGGAGGAGGGGAGAAGUAACUGCAGAGGCAGCGCCUCCCGGGGAAGAGGCGUCUUCCCCGACUCCUUCCCAAACCUCCCUCUUUGCCUCCCGCCCUCGUCCCCUCCCCUCCUCCCCUGCCGACUGGAGCGAGGGGCAGGGAUGAGCCUAUCCCUCCGGCGCGUCCCCAGCUCCCUCGGCUGCCCAGUAGCGUUUUGCGUGGAGAAGGCACUUUCUCCGCCCGCCGAGAUGGGCCCGAAUGGGGGCUGCAGCGGACCGGUCCGCGGACGGCGGCAGCACCAGCAGCAACAGCCGCAGCGCCGCGGUCUCUGCGAUUGAGCUGGUAUUUGGGCGGCUGGUGGCGGCGGGGCGGUUGGGGGGUGGGAGGAGGCAGAGGAGGAGGCGAAGGAGGAGGAGGAGGGAGAACCCCGUGCAACGUUGGGACUUGGCAGCUCGCCUCCCCCUGCCCAAGGAUAUUUAAUUUGCCUCGGGAAUCGCUACUUCCAGAGGGGAACUCAGGAGGGAAGGCGCGCGCGCCUGGAGGGGCAACGCGGGGACCCCCCGGCCGCCGCCGCCGCCGCCGCCCGCCUGCGCCAGACUCCAGCCGGGGCGGCGAGAGAUGCAUCUUCGCCCCUUUCUGGCCGCGGCGGCUGUGAGGAGACUUGCCUCUCGGAGGAUCCGGGCUUCACUCACCCUGGACGCACUGCCUCCCCCCCGGGGCAUGAAACGCCCGUAAACUCCGGCCGAGGCCAUCUCCUGGGCGCAGCAGCUGCGUCCCCGUUCGGCUGCUCCUCCCCGGCGCGGGGGGCGGCGUGGUUUUCGGAGUCGGGGGUUCGGCAGUCUCCAGCCCUGUUUGCAUGUGCGGGGCCGCGGCGAGGAGCCUCCGCCCCCCACCCGGUUGUUUUUCGGCGCCUCCCUCUCCUCGGCUGCGGUGGCGGCGGCAGCAUGGCGAGCCCUCCGGAGACCGACGGCUUCUCGGACGUGCGCAAGGUGGGCUACCUGCGCAAACCCAAGAGCAUGCACAAGCGCUUCUUCGUGCUGCGGGCGGCCAGCGAGGCGGGGGGCCCGGCGCGCCUCGAGUACUACGAGAACGAGAAGAAGUGGCGGCACAAGUCGAGCGCCCCCAAACGCUCGAUCCCCCUCGAGAGCUGCUUCAACAUCAACAAGCGGGCGGACUCCAAGAACAAGCACCUGGUGGCCCUUUACACCCGGGACGAGCACUUUGCCAUCGCGGCGGACAGCGAGGCCGAGCAGGACAGCUGGUACCAGGCCCUCCUGCAGCUGCACAACCGGGCCAAGGGCCACCACGACGGGGCCGCGGCCCCCGGGGCAGGAGGCGGCGGGGGCAGCUGCAGCGGCAGCUCGGGCCUUGGGGAGGCUGGGGAGGACUUGAGCUACGGGGACGUGCCCCCAGGACCUGCGUUCAAGGAGGUCUGGCAGGUGAUCCUGAAACCCAAGGGCCUGGGUCAGACAAAGAACCUGAUUGGCAUCUACCGUCUCUGCCUGACCAGCAAGACCAUCAGCUUCGUGAAGCUGAACUCGGAGGCGGCGGCCGUGGUGCUGCAGCUGAUGAACAUCAGACGCUGCGGCCACUCAGAGAACUUCUUCUUCAUCGAAGUGGGCCGUUCCGCAGUGACAGGACCUGGGGAGUUCUGGAUGCAGGUGGAUGACUCUGUGGUGGCCCAGAACAUGCACGAGACCAUCCUGGAGGCCAUGCGGGCCAUGAGCGAUGAGUUCCGUCCUCGAAGUAAGAGCCAGUCCUCCUCCAACUGCUCCAACCCCAUCAGCGUUCCCCUGCGCAGGCACCACCUCAACAACCCCCCGCCCAGCCAGGUGGGGCUGACGCGCCGCUCGCGGACUGAGAGCAUCACCGCCACCUCACCGGCCAGCAUGGUGGGCGGCAAGCAGGGCUCUUUCCGUGUGCGUGCGUCCAGCGACGGCGAAGGCACCAUGUCCCGCCCGGCCUCGGUGGACGGCAGCCCCGUGAGUCCCAGCACCAACAGGACCCACGCCCACCGGCAUCGCGGCAGCUCCCGGCUGCACCCCCCUCUCAACCACAGCCGCUCCAUCCCCAUGCCUUCCUCCCGCUGCUCGCCUUCCGCCACCAGCCCGGUCAGCCUGUCGUCCAGCAGCACCAGCGGCCACGGCUCCACCUCGGACUGUCUCUUCCCGCGGCGGUCUAGUGCUUCUGUGUCGGGUUCCCCCAGCGAUGGCGGCUUCAUCUCCUCCGAUGAGUACGGCUCCAGCCCUUGCGAUUUCCGAAGUUCCUUCCGCAGUGUCACCCCGGAUUCCCUGGGCCACACGCCACCGGCCCGCGGUGAGGAGGAGCUGAGCAACUACAUCUGCAUGGGAGGCAAAGGGUCCUCCACCCUCACCGCCCCCAAUGGUCACUACAUUUUACCUCGGGGUGGCAACGGUCACCGCUGCGUCCCAGGAGCUGGCUUGGGCACAAGCCCAGCCCUGGUUGGGGAUGAAGCAGCCAGUGCUGCAGAUCUGGAUAAUCGGUUCCGGAAGCGGACUCACUCCGCGGGCACAUCCCCUACCAUUUCCCACCAGAAGACCCCAUCCCAGUCAUCUGUAGCGUCCAUUGAGGAAUACACAGAGAUGAUGAUGCCUGCCUACCCGCCAGGAGGUGGCAGUGGAGGCCGGCUGCCUGGCUACCGGCACUCUGCCUUCGUGCCCACCCACUCCUACCCUGAGGAGGGCCUGGAAAUGCACCCUUUGGACAGGCGUGGGGGCCACCACCGCCCAGACUCCUCCGCUCUCCACACGGAUGAUGGCUACAUGCCCAUGUCGCCAGGAGUGGCGCCAGUGCCCAGCAGCCGAAAGGGCAGUGGCGACUAUAUGCCCAUGAGCCCCAAGAGCGUGUCGGCGCCGCAGCAGAUCAUCAACCCUAUCAGACGCCAUCCCCAGAGAGUGGACCCCAAUGGCUACAUGAUGAUGUCCCCAAGCAGCAGCUGCUCCCCGGACACUGGAGGCGGACCCAGCAGCAGCGCUGCCCCUUCUGGGAGCUGCUACGGCAAGCUGUGGACAAAUGGGGUCGGGGGCCACCACACUCACGCCCUGCCGCAUCCCAAACUGCCCAUGGAGAGCGGGAGUGGCAAGCUCUUGUCUUGUACUGGUGACUACAUGAACAUGUCGCCAGUGGGGGACUCCAACACCAGCAGCCCCUCCGACUGCUACUACGGCCCGGAGGACCCCCAGCACAAGCCAGUUCUCUCCUACUACUCAUUGCCAAGGUCCUUUAAGCACACCCAGCGGCCUGGGGAGCUGGAGGAGGGUGCUCGGCACCUCCGCCUUUCCUCCAGCUCUGGCCGCCUUCUCUAUGCUACAACGGCGGAAGAUUCCUCCUCGUCCACCAGCAGCGACAGCCUGGGCGGGGGAUACUGUGGGGUGAGGCCGGAUCCUGGCCUCCCACAUGUCCACCAUCAGGUCCUGCAGCCCCAUCUGCCUCGAAAGGUGGACACAGCUGCCCAGACCCACAGCCGCCUGGCUCGGCCCACGAGGCUGUCCCUGGGGGACCCCAAGGCCAGCACCUUACCUCGGGUCCGGGAACAACAGCAGCUCCCGCCCCUGCUGCGCCCCCCAGAGCCCAAGAGCCCCGGCGAAUAUGUGAAUAUUGAAUUUGGGAGUGAUCAGCCAGCUUACUUAUCUGGUCCUGUGGCUUCCCGCAGCUCACCUUCUGUCAGGUGCCCAUCCCAGCUCCAGCCAGCUCCCCGAGAGGAUGAGACUGGCACUGAGGAAUACAUGAACAUGGACCUGGGGCCAGGCCGGAGGGCGACCUGGCAGGAGAGCGCUGGGGUCCAGCCAGGCAGCGUGGGCCCUGCACCACCCGGGGCUGCUAGCAUGUGCAGGCCUACCCGGGCAGUGCCCAGCAGCCGGGGGGACUACAUGACCAUGCAGAUGGGUUGUCCUGGGCAGGGCUACGUGGACACCUCACCAGUUGCCCCCGUCAGCUAUGCCGACAUGCGGACAGGCAUUGUUGUGGAGGAGGCCAGCCUUCCAGGGGCCACAGCGGCUGCUCCCUCCUCAUCCUCUGCAGCCUCUGCUUCUCCCACCACGCCUCAAAAAGCAGGGGAGCUGGUGGCCCGCUCUUCCCUGCUGGGGGGCCCCCAGGGACCUGGGGGCAUGAGCGCCUUCACCCGGGUGAACCUCAGUCCCAACCGCACGCAGAGUGCCAAAGUGAUCCGUGCGGACCCACAAGGGUGCCGGAGGCGGCAUAGCUCUGAGACCUUCUCCUCCACACCAAGUGCCACCCGGGCAGGCAACGCGGUGCCCUUUGGAGGGGGGGCUGCUGUAGGGGGCAGCAGUGCUGGUAGCAGCAGCACGGAGGAUAUGAAACGCCACAGUUCUGCUUCCUUUGAGAAUGUGUGGCUGAGGCCUAGCGAGCUCGGGGGAGCCCCCAAGGAGCCGGCCCAAGUGUGCGGGGCUGCUGGGGGUUUGGAGAAUGGGCUUAACUACAUAGACCUGGAUUUGGUCAAGGACUUCAAACAGCGCCCGCAGGAGCGCCCCCCUCAACCGCCCUCGCCCCCGCCCCCUCAUCAGCCUCUGGGCAGCAGGGAGAGCCGCUCAAGCAGCCGCUCCAGCGAGGAUUUAAGCACCUAUGCCAGCAUCAGUUUCCAGAAGCAGCCAGAGGACCUCCAGUAGCUCAACUGGACAUCACAGCAGAAUGAAGACCUGAAUGACCUCAGCAAAUCCUCCCUUUCCUCAUGGGUACCCAGACUCUGAAUAUUUCAUGAUUCACAACCAGGACCUCACAUCUUCCUCCUCAGUAGAUGGUACGAUGCGUCCAUUUCAGUUUGUUUACUUUUUACAAUCCUCAGGAGCUCCUUGACUGAACUGCACGUACUAUAUUGUGCCAAGCAAAAAAGCACUGUGACACCAGAACUAUGAGUCUGCAUAAACUUCAUCUUCAACCUUAAGGACUUAGCUGGCCAUGUGAGCUGAUGGGCCCACCACCAUGCCACAAGAGAAUGGGUUUACUCUCAUUGCAUUUACAAGAUCCAUUUCAUCUGCUGCUGAAACUGUGUAUGACAAAGCAUCGUUGUAAAUUAUUUCAUACAAAACUGUUCGCGUUGGGUGGAGAGAGUAUUAAAUAUUUAACAUAGGUUUUGAUUUAUAUGUGUAAUAUUUUUAAUUAAAAUUGUAACUUUUCUUACAGCACAUCUUUUUUUUUGGAUGUGGAACUGAGGUAUACAAUGUUCUGUUGUAAAGAGUGGAGCAAAUACUUAAAACAAGGCUAACAAGAGUAGACUAGGGUACGAUCCUUGUUUUAAGAUUGUAAUUCAGAAAAAUAAUAUAAUAAGAAUCAUAGUGCCAUUAGAUGGUUCUCAGUUGUAUAGUUAUAUUUGUGGAUACUAUCUCUUGUAAUAUAGCCCUAAUGUUGAGCUGAGAUCCUUACAAGAAUUGAUCUUAAUUUUGUAUUUUUCCUGUAAGGCAAUAGGCCAUGUUAAUUAAACUGAAGAAGGGUAUAUUCUCCUGGGUAUUUUCAAGUGUCAGCUUAAAAUUGGCCAUUGAAUGGAAGCAAAAUUACAAGCAAAGGAAAUCAAAGUCUUCCAUUGUAUAUACUGUAAAGAGGAGGAGACUUGGGUGAUCCCUUUAAAUCAAAAGCUCUCUUUGGAAUGAACAAUGUGGGUGUUUGUAAAUUCUGGAAAUUUCUUUCUAUUCAUAAUAAACUAGAGACUGUUGAUCUUUUCUUCUUCCCCCCCACUUCUAUAAGCUUCCUGCUACCAUUUUUUUUUCCCGUGCACACGUUAGGAUAUUUUAUUUCUGGCGUUUCUUGAGAAAUGUGGUAAGACAAGUGAGUGCUUGUCCUUGACUUCUAACCAGAAGUUAAAAUUCCAGGUUUUUAUCAU